AUGAGUCAAGCUGAGGACAGCAGUAACUACUCAACCUGGAAUAUUGUGAGGUCAGUAGUCUGCAUAAUACUGAGCCUCUCGUUUAUUAUUGGGACCCCUGGAAAUUGCAUUGUCAUCUGGACUGUCUGUAGAAAAAUGAAGCAAGUGUCUCCUUCAGUCCUGCUGAUCUUGAACCUCGCCAUUGCAGAUGUCCUUGUAUUGAUUACCUUGCCAAUUUGGAUUUACUCCUUUGCUGACUCAUGGGUUUUUGGAGUAAUCUUCUGCAAAAUCCUGGUUUUCAUUAUUUACUGCAGCAUGUAUGCUAGUAUAUUUCUAAUUACAGCACUGAGCUUGGAGCGGUUAAUGGCUGUGUUUUACCCUUUGACAAUUCAAAGAUACAAAACAAAAGAAAGAAUUUCUUUAGUCAUGCUCCUCAUUUGGUUCCUGUCUGUUGCUUUUGGCAUUUCUAUCAUUCCAUUUCAAGAGACAGAAGAAAUGAACGGUGGACUACUAUGCACAUGUCGCAACUACUCUUCUAACAGGCAGAAAGUGUCAUAUCUUUUGCUGGAGACUCUUGCAGGCUUCGUCAUCCCUUUUUUAAUUAUCUGCACUUGUUACAUCUGUGUUGCAAGAAGAAUAAGCAGAAUGACUUACCAAUCUAAGCGGCGAUCGGAACGGCUCAUUGCCAGAAUUGUGGUGGCAUUCAUUUUAUGCUGGUUCCCUCAUCAUCUCUUUAACAUCCUAGAUAUUAUUUCAAUUCAGAUAGAACUCUCUAAUAAGGAAAUGUCUUUGGCACUGGAUGAAAUUAUAGACAGAGGAGUGUACAUCUCUGGAGCACUUGUAUUCUUCAGCAGUUGUAUUAAUCCUCUGCUUUAUGCUUUUGCUGCACGAAGAUUUCAGAAUCACCUGAGAUUUGCCAAAAUAUCAAAGCUGUUUGAGCAGAUGAGCCAGACUGUAACAGAGGAGGAGAAGAAAAAAAGUUCAGUUGUAAACAAACAAGAUGACACUUUAGUAAGCACCGAAAAUCUCUAA